UACCAUUCUCGCCAUCGCUCAAAACUUGCGGCGGAGUACGCUUCAGACACUCAUUUUUUGUGCUUUCCCCUUCUACCAGUUUCAAGGAUUGAUGAUAUAUAGAUUCAUGGCUUUUUAAGGCUUUGCAUUCCAAACUAUACCAUGCACUGAGACACAUUCCUUCCCCACCCAGUCGCCGUGGCUAUCCUGAAACCGUUUUCUGUCUUUCCUCGGGCAUGUUCUGCGUCCCAGCUCUUCACCAAAGACCGAAUUCCCUCGAUUCGUUCUUUCUCUCCUUUCCCUGCAAGACCGUACCGCUCGACUCGGCUUGCCGAUCUCUUCUCCUCCCCAAUAUCUUAUCCUCGCAAACGACAACGGACUCACCUGAGCGGAAAACAUUGUUCCUCGGCAAGAAGAAGACUGGUCUGGGAUGAAGGAAAGGCUGGAGUACAAGAGAGAAGCUUUAGUCCCCCUCGAGCCCGCCUGAGCAUUCCUCGCCUGUCUGCUCAGAGAUUCUCUUCUGCCUGGUCCCGGCGUAAAGCCUACAGAAAAAGCAUUCUACUGGAUCAAGUUGGAAUCAAGGCACUGUCGCCCACAAAGUCCCCAAGAUCCUAUACAAUGCAUCCGCAUAAAGAGGGCAACAAACCGGUCGGAGUGCGCACAAAUUUCCACUUCCAAUUCAUUACAACUCCCACUUCCGACACUCCUGGAACGUCGAUCGUACUACACUUCGAUUCCAAGAGAUAUAUCUUUGGAGAGAUUACCGAAGGAACUCAAAGAGCAUGUGUACAACGUGGAAUUGGACUCCGGAAAGUCCGCGGCCUGUUUCUCUCUGGAAAGACGCUCUGGAACAAUGGAGGCCUCAUAGGCCUCAUCCUUUCCAUGGCGGAUGUACAGCAGUCAGAGAUUGACGAAGACACCAUGAGACGCCCCAGAUUGCACAUACAUGCAGGUCCGAAGCAGCUACACUCGUUUGCAUGUGCGCGCAGAUUCGUCUUCCGCACGGGGAUGCCGUUGUCAGUUCAUGAGGUCAAUGUUCGCAAGAACAGGACUGAUCCAAAGCCGAUCCAUGUGGAUGAGCAUAUCCGGGUGUGGGCACUGCCCAUCGAGGACCGCUCUACCAUCCCCCUGCUACACGAGAAACCCGAUGACUCCACUGUCGACGACUUCCAGUUGGAAAAAGAGCAAAUAUUGCGAAAAGAAGUUGUCAACAACAUGUUCGACUCUGAUUGGAGGCGUGAUCAACUUCUGCAGGCUAAGCUCAAGGACAUCAAAUUGCCGGCAGUAGUAUGGGUGAGGGAUCCCGAGACGAAGACACUGAUCACUUAUCCCGUUUUUGACAUCAACAAAACCACUCUUACGCCGGACACGGAAGUUCUGGUUCGCAGUCCCUGGCCUGCCUCAACUGUACAGGAGCUGCCACCAGCAAGGGGUUUGCCGGAGACUAUUGCAAUGUCCUACAUUAUCAAGGGUCAUCCUCAACGUGGAAAUUUUGACGUUGCAAAAGCCAAAGCCCUUGGCUUGCGCCCUGGGCCAAAAUAUGCGAAGCUGGUGGCGGGAGAAUCCGUUGAGAGCGACGAUGGCAGACAAGCCACAAUCACUCCGGAAAUGGUCUUGAGCCCAACUCGGCCGGGCAGAGGGUUUGCCCUGUUCGAUAUACCGUCAGUCGGCUAUCUUGAAGAGCUCGAGCGACAGCUGGACAGCCAGGCCGACUGGCUUCUGGAAGGAGUUGAGUCCGCAGUCUGGAUGACCAAAGGCAAAGUACUACAGGCGGAGAGGUUUCACCAACUGCUUUAUAAGCUUAAAGACCUGAAGCAUGUCAUUUCGGAUCCUCACCUGUGCAAUGACUACAUUGCAUAUGACUCCGCGGCGAUAUCUUCUGCCAGAUUGUCCCAAAUUGCGCCAGGUCUUUUCUCCGUUCCUCGAUUCGAUAAUUCGAGUGCGUAUCGAUCAAUGAUCGACAAAUCUAUGGUUGAGCUGGGCGAUGUCUUCAAAAAGCUCCAAAUCAUGCCGGCGAGGAGGGGUCUGAAAGUCAACGUCGAGCCCCAUCUCGUCAUUGACGAGGGUGAGGUCACUCCAGGCCUCGACCUGGACUCAUUUGCCACGCCCCUAGAAUCGGCAGUACAAGAAAUAUUGCCAGAUGAUGUGUCAACCUACCGUGCCCCGACUUCUGAACGCAAAACGGGCAUGGAUUUGGACGAGCCGGAAAUUGUAACCCUAGGAACUGGUUCCGCAGCUCCGUCAAAAUACCGCAACGUCUCGUCCAUACUUCUUCGCAUGCCCAAUGAUAUGGGUAACUACCUAUUUGAUUGUGGCGAAGGUACUCUCGGUCAAUUGAAGAGACUUUAUAACGCCGAACAACUAGACGAGAUUUUGUUCAAUCUCCGGGGGAUCUGGAUAUCGCACCUCCACGCAGACCAUCAUCUGGGCACAGUGUCCAUUCUGAAAGCUGUAUUCCAAACCGCUCGAAGACUGUCAGAAUCUGGGCAACGUGCUCGCCCACCACCUCCAUAUCUGUUCUCCGAGAUCAACAUGAUUGACUAUUUGGAUGACUACGAAUCCGUCAUGGGCAUACCAACCGAUGUGCUCUGCACCCCCGUUGCCUGUGACCCUCACAAAGGGCUGUUCCAUCGAAGCAGGCACUUCGAGGUGCAGGGCGACCUGUACAUCAAUGAAUUGCGCACCGUGAAGGUUAGUCAUUGUCACGGCGCGCAAGCCGUCUCUGUCACCUUCAAAAACGGGUUCAAAUUCUCCUACAGUGGCGAUUGUCGUCCCAACGAGGCUUUCUGCGAGAUUGGCGCCGAUUCGGACGUCCUAGUACAUGAAGCCACGUUUGACGAUGGAAUGGAAGGUGAUGCUAUGGCUAAAAAGCACAGCACUACGGGCGAAGCUGUGGGUGUUGCACUCGGUAUGCGAGCCAAAAAUCUCAUCCUCACACAUUUCAGUCAGCGUUAUCAGAAAAUACCUGUCUUCAGCAGCGUCAGAAUGCCGGAGCAUGCCUCCGAAGAGGACUUGCUUGACGACGUUGAUGCUGAGUUGAUCAACACAAGUGCAAAUGCCAACGAAGAUGGCUCAGAAUCGGAGCAUCCCAGUGCACAACAAUCGGGAUCGUCAGCAUGGAUUCAACCCGACUCAGCUGUGCGUGACCUCAACAUCGCUGUGGCCUUUGACCUAAUGCACAUGCGCGUCUCGCAAAUCCAACACAUGAAGAAUCUCUUCCCUGCGAUCUCCAAGAUGUUUGAGAUAGAGGAGGAAAAGAGAGAUCGAGCGCGUAUGGAAGUAGCUGCUCAACAGAAAGCGGAUAUAGAAAGCCGGAAACUAAAGAGGCUGCAAGCCAUGGAAACGAACAUGAAGAAGAUGGAUAAGAGCAAGGAGAAGAAGAACAGACACAAGAAGGAAAAGGCUGGAGCGCAGAGCGCGUCAGUACCUGGGGGGGCGCAGGCGAGAGAUGGUGACGGAGCAGCAGCCAGCCAUUCCACUCUCCCCUCCGACCUUGAUGUCCACAAGGCGGGGCCCACGACGAGCAACGGCGUGGAAGUUGGUAAGACACGCGACACAAAUACCAGUGAGGAUGUCAAUGCUAAGCGUGCCCAGACCGAUGAUGGCGGCGAGGUGCCAAUGUUGGACGUGGCAGCGCGAGGCGGCAUCUCAGCAAACCUGAGCUGUGCAGAACAGAAGCCUGGCAACGGUGAGGCUCCUAACACUGAGAGUCAGACUCCAAUGAAGAAGCGCAGGAUUGAAUAGGCUCUAAGUUGAGGGCUAUCGAUCGUGUGAGGGCUGGCGUUGCUCCGAACAGCAUCUACGCCUUGAGGUUGACCUCAGUGUUCAAGAUAAUGGAUUCUCUUGAAUUCUUUCAGUGCUCUUGUGCGACCACUGCCAGCGUAUUGUAAGCAUGAAGGAGCCAAAUACCUAGAUAGAGCUCUAGCUUGUACAAUACUGACUGAGCGAACUUCUUGUUCAAUUGUCUCCAAGCAUUCAUUCACGCCG